AUGCUCAGUUCGGUUUGUGUCUCCUCUUUCAAAGGACGCAAGGGUGGGAACAAGUCGCCCAACAAAGCAUGUUACAGUGCAGACAUGACUUGUCCGUCAGACAGCGAGAAAAUCGUAAUAAACUGCGGAGGGGUGCGACACGAGACUUACCGCAGCACCCUCAAGACGUUGCCCGGUACCCGCUUAUCUUGGCUUACCGAUCCGGACGCGUUUAGCAACUUCGACUAUGACCCCAAAAUCGACGAGUUCUUCUUCGACCGCCACCCUGGCACAUUCACAUUCAUCCUCAACUACUACCGCACAGGCAAGCUUCACUGUCCCAACGAUGUGUGCGGCCCACUGUUCGAGGAGGAGCUCGCCUUCUGGGGCAUCGACGAGACGGACGUGGAGGCGUGCUGCUGGAUGAACUACCGCCAACACAGGGAUGCGGAAGAGGCGCUGGACAGCUUCGAGCAGCCGGAGCCAGAGGAGCCGGAAGACGACCUGGAGCUGACUGCGGACGGAGAGCUCAAGAGGCUGUGCCUGCACGAAGACGGACGCAAGAGGAGCUGGUGGAGUGUGUGGCAACCCUAUUUCUGGAAUCUUUUUGAGGAUCCGUAUUCUUCCAAGAAUGCCAAGUACUGUGCGUUCCUCUCCCUUCUGUUCAUCCUCAUCUCCAUCACCACCUUCUGCCUGGAGACGCACGAGGCCUUCAACACCAUCUACAACAAAACAGAAAACGUGACGGUGGGCAAUGUGACAACUCAGGAGAUCGUCUACGAGGUGGUGACCGACGGCUGGCUCACCUAUGUGGAGGGAACGUGCGUCAUCUGGUUCACCAUCGAGGUCAUGAUGCGCGUGAUCUUCUGCCCAUGCAAGAAGGAGUUCUUCAGUAGCACCCUCAAUAUCAUUGACUUUAUUGCCAUCAUGCCCUUCUACCUGGAGGUGGCGCUGAGCGGUCUGGAUUCCAAAGCCGCCAAAGACGUGUUGGGCUUCCUGCGAGUGGUGCGCUUCGUCAGGAUCCUGCGUAUCUUCAAGUUGACUCGUCACUUCGUGGGUCUGCGGGUGCUGGGCCACACGCUCCGCGCCAGUACCAACGAGUUCCUCCUCCUCAUCAUCUUCCUCGCCCUCGGGGUGCUCAUCUUCGCCACAAUGAUCUACUAUGCCGAGCGCAUCGGUGCCGACCCUGACGACCCUACGGCCGCCAAACACACAAACUUCAAGAACAUCCCCAUUGGCUUCUGGUGGGCCGUGGUCACCAUGACCACUCUGGGCUAUGGGGACAUGUACCCCGAGACGUGGUCGGGGAUGCUAGUGGGCGCACUGUGUGCCCUGGCGGGGGUGCUGACCAUUGCCAUGCCUGUGCCCGUCAUCGUCAACAACUUUGGCAUGUACUACUCACUGGCCAUGGCCAAGCAGAAGCUGCCCAAGAGGAAGGGCAAGCACAUCCCUCGGCCCACCAUGCCGGGCUCGCCCAACUACUGCAAGCCAGACGCCCUGGCCAUGGCCACUGCCGGGCCAGGUAUGGUGGGCUCAGGCAGCCUGGGGGGAGGGGACUGCCCUCUGGCCCAGGAGGAGAUCAUCGAGAUCAACAGGACAGAUUCCAAGCAGAAUGGCGAUGCGGCCAAUGCAGCCCUGGCUAAUGAAGACUGCCCCACCAUAGACAUGGUGCUUGGGGAGGAGAGGAGUCCUGCUGCUGGGGGUCUGGGCACCGGCGGGAGCCGUGAGCGCUAUCCCCAUGACCGCGCCUGCUUCCUCCUCAGUACCGGAGAGUUCCGUGCUACAGACGGCAACGUGAGGAAAGACGCUGCAGCGGCCAGCCCGGCAUCCCCUCCAGGAGAGGAGUGGUUCAAGCCGGAGGGGCCUCUGCUACAGCAGGACCUCAAUGCAAAGUCAGCCUCCUCCUGGAUUAAACCAUAGCGAAUCAGAGUGUUGAGUUUCUAAAAUGACCCUUUCUGUCCAAGAAGAGGAACAACCUUAGGACACAAUUCACCCAGAGCUCCCUACUGGAUUCACUGUAGAAUGAAGGGAUACGUAACCGGAGAGGGAGAGAGAGGGAGAGAGAGAGAGAGAGAGAAAAAAUGAGAGAGAGCGAGAGCGAGAGAACGAAGGAAAGAAAGAGAGAACUGAAGGUGAUGAUGAGCAGAUGAUAGAAGACAAAGAGUCAAAAAGAUUAGUUCAUCCCUCCACACCAGAAGCAUCCUUCGUUCCUGUGGACUCCUCUGUCAGCACCAUCCCUUAGAAAACAAAACUUCAGACCAACUCGUUCCUGUGGACUCCUCAAUCAGCACCAUCCCUUAGAAAACAAAACUCCAGAUCAACGUGACAGACUUACAGUGACUCUGAGUACCUGGAAAAGUAUCACACUGAAACACAUACCUUAUGUCAGCAUACUUUACAGAGUCUUAUUAUACUAAGUCAUUGACAUUGAAAUCCCAGACAAAUAAUAAAAGAAACAAACAAUAGAACAGAAUGCCCCUAGGAAAGAGCCAAAGUGUUAUGGGAUAGUAGGACAGUGUUCCACAACUUGGUCGUCAUCCUACUGUGUCAUAGACCAUGUAUGCUUUUAACCACUGUCAAAUGUUCCCUUGGACAAAUGACAUCUUACCGGCUCUCAGAUACAGUAUAUUCAAUUGUUUUUAAAUCUUCCUAUUUAGUACUUCAAAGAUCGGACGUACAGUAGGGUAGGCUAUAUAAUAAACAAGCUACUGCAGUGGUCUGAGAUGACUCAACAUGGUCAGCGUGGAUGUGACUACAGAAAAGGAGAGCCAGUUGCUAGCCAACGGCCAAAUACAUUUACAUCACAGUAAUUGUACUGUUUUACAGCCAAACACUAUGCAAAGCUAUGAGGCUGAACAACCAUUGCAUCCAGUGACUCUUGAGUCAGCCGGCUAUGGUGACACUACCUUCUUAUGUUCAGUCAGUCACACCUGUUGGAUUGUUUUCAUCGAUUUUACAGCCCUCCUCUUACCUCUCACAAGAGACACACUUCAGAAGAUACUGAAUUAUGGGCCCCAAUAGUAGAGCAACCAGGCAUAUAGUAUACCAGGCCAUUGGCCAUUUCAUAUAAACCUGUGCGUAGAUCUGAAAUACGAUACACUCCCUGACUGACUGACGCUGACGCGUGUUGCAUGAGAGUGUGUCGGCUGACCCUAACAGAUCUACUCAUCGACCACUUUGAAGGAUUUGGACCUAAAGAAAACCAGUGUGCGCGUGUGAGAGUGUGUGUGCUGAAGAGUUGAGGAGGACGCCAAAGGAGAGAGACACUGGAAGCAUCCGCAAAGCGCAUGCCAAGAACGGGAAGCGACUGCUGGAAAACAAGGACAUACAUUGCCCUCACUUUCUCGCUCUCAAUCUCUCCCUCUCUUUAUCUACACCCCUCUGCAUCUCAGCAUUGCUCAUCCUCCGUAGCAAACUGCAUGGCAUGAUCGGGAAAAAAAACCUGAAGAACGAAACGUAGAGAACAAAAGGAUGGAGAGAGAGACCAGAGAGACUUUAUUUUUUUAAACCAAACAAUCAAACAAUCAUUGUCACAUCAACCUUUUUCAAAAAUAUCCAAUUGGUAACUAUUUGCAAGUGUCAAGAUAACAAAUGGUCAACUGCUCGCGGAGAGAGUGGCUACUGUAAAGGUCGCUCUCCUUUCUUUAGAAAGAGCACUGCACCUCUGGGGGGAUCAGAAAGAUUUGCAAGGAAGUGCGAGAAAAUAGCGGGAACAGGGUGAACUUUGAUAAACAAUUCCGGGGGAAAAAAGUGAAAAUGCAUUUUUAUUCCUUUGUUUACCAGCAUGACUAUUCUGCAUGAGUCUACUUCUGCAAGCCCUCACCCCACCGCCUCCGUAAAAAAAGAGGGCUAGGAAUUGAAAAAAUGAACAAAAUCGAGAGGAAACAAAAAAUAUUUAUGUUAUAUGCAACUAAUAAAAAAAGAAAAAGAGCAGGAUUAUAUUAAAAAAAAGAUCUAUAUUUUGUUUUGGGAUAAUAAAAAAGGAAUAACGAAAAAAAAAAUAGGAUUGCAAGAUACACCUUGAACAAUGUUUUCUUAGAUAAAUAAGAUACAAACACCACCAAAUCUACCAGAGAUGAACUAUGCGAUGAACUUCCCCUGAUACUACAACUACUCUACUACUACUUUGAUGACUACUCUUCUUGUGCUCUGCUACUUCUUCUUCUACUGCUCUCACUCUCUGGUCCUACCGCCCUGAUUGUAUCCCCUGCUGCCAAUUCUCUGUCUUCCACCCCACUGUCCAUCCAGGUCCCCUCUCCACUGUCUGUCUGUAUAACUAUGUUUAGUUGGACUGUACUCAGAUCCGAUGGGUCAUAUUCACUAGGAUCCAAACGGAAGCAAACUGCCCGGAACGGGAGGUACUAUCCCUGAACUUGUCUAACACGUUUUCCGCUGCAAAGCUGUUUGCUACGGUGUGCACUAAUGAAUACGACCAUGAUGGACUCUGUUGUUGUUCUUUCAGUCUCGUGCUCAAGGUGGGAGAUGGCAGCUUCACCACCGGGACACGGUUGUAGACACUAUAAAGGUCUCGGCUAACUAAAGCAGUGUAGCGAUACCUAGCGGAGAUCAGACCUCACACCGUCCCCAGGCUAAUUGCCUACAGAGCAUUGGGAGAAAGUAUCUGAUCAAAUGAACGAGAUUCGCGAUGUUUGUGGGGUAGAGAAGGAGAGGGAUCGGGUGCAAGGUGGAUGGGAAGAAGAGGGGAGGGGCACAACUGGCUUAGGUACAGCUAAAGACAGAGGUGAAUGGAUCAUACCCCCAUCAUACAAUAAAUUACAUCGAUUGGAUCGUGUAACCCAAUAACACUGUAGCUAGCUAGGACCUGUAGCACUGCACUGACUGGCAAGAUAGUGUCAUAUUAGCUCAGCCCUGAUAUUGUAGCUGUACGAUGCAUAGCUUCGUACUGCUAUGACAUAAUGUACUGUAGGCCUAUUUCCAUGAUUAUAGGGAUGUGCAUAACGUGUCAUUGUGGCAUUGAACAUAAUCCCCCCCCCAAGCUCGCUAACUCUACAGCCCUUGUGACGGUCAACAGUGUUUGUUUUACACAUACUGGUGCCCCCGCGUUGGUGAAGCAGCCAUCUUUGCUCCAUUUCCUCAGGUGGGGAUAGCAUAUUUCCAGGAAAACUGCUGUUCAAAUAUGCACGAAGGGAAUGCCGAACGGUCUAUCUAUGCUAUCAUAUUGAGCUUAUCUAGAUGAAUUGUUGUUGUUUCUGUUGAUGAACAAAAGUUCAUGUUGACCUUCCACCUCCACUGCCUGUUUUGCAGUAUGGCUGGAUGCAUCACACCAGGCACCUCACUGCAUGUUAAACAACAGAUUGUGGGGGUUUAUUUCCCCCUGUUUUUCCAUGUUUAUUUUCAAGUGAAAACUAAUGUUGCUAUGUUCAGUUUCUAGGCCUGUAUGUAUAGGUCAUGUCUCGCCAGUCACCGCAAACCCUCUAGCUAGGCCUACAUCAGAGUUCGGAUAAUAUGCUGCUGAUGUAGCCUACUCGUUGUCGCCCUCUACUGGGCUCCAGUGCGUUGCGGGGGAUGUAGUUUAUCCCCAGUGAAGAGUGUCAUCAUCUGAGCCGUGGUUCGUCUCUGGUGACAGUCUGGUCUAGCCGAGUGCCAGCAGAGCAGGGUUCAUCCCAAGGGUGGUAUUUAAGGUUACAAUGGAGGAGGCGUGUUAAUUAUGUUUGGGGUCACAUUCAUUGACCGUGUCGAAUACAAUUUGGGUCACAUUCAUUUGCAUAUUGCUAGUUUGUAUUUUUGUCUCAAAUGAGUGUUAACUUGUGUUCACUUGCCAAAACUGUUGCUUUGCUUCUAUUUGUUUAUUUGUUAUUACGCAAUGAUGACGAUUUUGAUGAUGUUCCAGAGAUGCUGGGGGCUAACUGUACUGAGAACUGAGCAACUACCUAUGCAAGAGUUUGACUGUAGCAUAUGAUUAUACUUCAGUGUUUCAUUGUGCCAAAGGAGUUCAGUGUAUUAGGUCUGUCUGUUAUGUGGGAGGGCAAGAAUGGGGCAGGGUAAUGGUGGAAAAAAAGAGGCAGCUACUAUAUCUAGCAUGGUGCAUUGUUUACUGAAGCGUGUGGGGGCUAGAGUAAAUAGAAUAGGGGGGUCAGGGGUCUCCCCUGGAGUUUCCCACUCAGGAUAUGUCCCUGUACUCUCUGUUUUCAUUUGAUACACUGGAUCUCUGUCAUUCAUCACCUUAUGUCUGAUUCCUCCCCCCUUUCCUUCUCCUCAUAUUCAUUCCCUCUCUCCCUCUUUCAACUCCUGCCUACUCCUUCUUUCACCCUCUCCCUUUCCAAAAAAAAGUGUAUUAUGGCACUAUGUUUGUUACCAAAAGGAUGACUUGAAAUGAUAGAGACAUAAGUAAUCAUAGAUUAUGGAAGGAUGCAUCACUACCAGACAUUUCAUUCUGAAGAUGGAAAUGAUUGUUUGUGGGGUAGAGAAGGAGAGGGAUCGGGUGCAAGGUGGAUGGGAAGAAGAGGGGAGGGGCACAACUGGCUUAGGUACAGCGAAAGACAGAGGUGAAUGGAUCAUACCCCCCCCCCCCUAUCAUCCUUCUGGUAGCACAACCCACACAGACCGUUCCAUUUAAAAUGUGUGUGGGGUUGGGGGGGGGGGUGUUAUUGUCAGAGCAAUAAUUUCUUCCAAACCCUCAAUUUUGUGGGGGUGUCCAAUGCCAUUUACUUAAACUUACUGUCAAAGUAACCUUACCACCUCAAAAAAAAAGAGAACACACAAAAAAACCUCUUAAUGUUUUCAUCUUGAUUUUAUAGCAUGCAUACACACAUCUAGUCUCUGAGUUUUGGGAUGGGUUUUCACAAAACAGGUGGUGAAUAUACUGUGAAUAACCGCCACCUUAUGUGAAUGGCUGUACUACCACAGUUGUGAGUCUGACAGUGUGUCAACAGGAAUGUGUGUGUGUGUUUGUGUGUGUGUGGGCUACCUGAAGACACGUGCAGGUGGGGGGGGGGUGAUCCAGCUCCUGAACAUGGCCACACCCACUUUAGAGGAUUGACAGCUCAACACUUGCAUAACUUUACUUGAAACCCAAAUACAAAACAUAUCAAGAGAGGAGCAGAGUAAAGCCAGAAAACCCGCUGUCGUAUAAUUCUCUUUCCCCGACGUCUUCCUCCCUCUCAUCCCCGUCUCCUAUCCCCUUCUCUUUCUCUCCCUCCACACAUGUUUGAGGAAGAAGCUCUUUUUGCAUCCUUGUUCUUGUGUUUCUCUAACAUAUUGUUUGAAGUUCAAUUCUAAUGCAUGCGUGGGAGAAAAAAAAGACAACUUAUUUGUGAAUGGCCAGAAUGAAGUAACUCUCUUUUCGCCGGCAAUCUGUCUUCCUCUUUCUCUGUCAGCCAGUGGUGAGAGGAUGGGGGGGGGGGGGAAUAUGCAAAC